AUGAAUGUAUCAUCCAUUGCUCCUGCCACAUCAAACGGAUAUGUUAAGUACCAAAUAAAGACAUCAGGAAUGCCACGAAUUCUUGCUGAAGAUACUGACGUCUUCACUUUGGAUGAUCAGGAAGAUGAUCAGCGAGAUAUUGAAAGAAAUCAAUUACCUGUGAAAGAAGAGGAAAAGUCUCGACUCUUUGACUGUCCGUUAGACAGCGAUGAUGAAAAAGAGGAAAAUCAUCGAGCUCCAGAGGAUAACAGACAGAACACACGCUCUCAUCAAGCCGUUGGUAGCCAAAAAGAAUGCAGCCGAUUAACUGAUUCUUUCGAUCAUGACGGUGAUUCUUUAUCUGACGAAUUGGACUUACUACCACCAAUGCCAGGUGCUCCGAAUGCUAACUCCUCAUGGCUUAACAAGUUCCAACGACUUAACUGCUGCAAUCCAAGGAUACCUAACAAAUGUAUAAUACAAUAA